CAAAAGACCGAAGGGACUGCCUUUAAACACCGACAAUCCCUCAUCAUCGGGAAAUUCACAUUUGUCACACAAUUUGCGGCAAAAGCACUCCUUCCUGAAGAGUACCCUUAGUGUAAGACCGCUACAUCCGACCUUAUCCCCGCCAUGUCCGCACCUCUCAGUCCCGCGUCAUCUGUGAAAAAGCGAAGAAGGCCAGCUCUUUCAUGUGAGCCAUGCCGACGGCGGAAGGUCAAAUGCGACCGUAAUCAGCCUUGUGGCCAAUGUGUGCAGUCAAAAAUUGCUUCUUGUACCUAUAGCGCCAUCCUUCCAGCUGUGUCUCGUCGCACACGCGGCGCCUUCCCGCCGGCUUCCUUCCCCAGACAAUCGUCAACGGGGCUUCCAAAUCGAGCACGGAGUAUCCCGAGUAGCUCAAGCACGCAUGCAUCUUUAGUUGGCGUGUCACCCACCUCUACCCAUCUCUCUACUACCACCCGCCCCAGCUCAUAUGGCUCGCCGGUUGUGGAGCCGGGUGAAUCCCACCAGGAGGAAGCACUCCGUAACAAAGACCUGCUCGAUCGCAUCCGUAACCUUGAAGCACAGUUGGCUAUUGCCAAGUCAGAGGGAACUACUAACCCACCACCUCCAGUUCCAAAUGCAGCUCCCAAAAGGCUAGGUGGCAUCAUAUCGAAGACGCGAUUUUUGGGAGGCACUCACUGGAUGUAUUCGCACGGAGCUUUUGACGACAUAGCUUAUCUAUUUGCCAAGUCUACCAGACAUCCCUCGGGCUGUUCCGAUGCUUCCUCGGAGCAAGUCGAUGAUAUUACGGAGAGUAUGGAAAAAUGCAAGGCCCUCGCCAAAAGUAUGAAGGCAAUUCCGUAUUCUCAAUGGCUCGCAAAUCCAUGCUUCAGAGAUGCUGUUCCCGUAAAGGGAGUUGCGGAUCAGUUGGUAAAUGCAUACUUCAGAACCUCUGAAUCCAUAUACCGAAUCCUUCACAUUCCAUCAUUUAUGAAGGAAUACCGGCAGUAUUGGGAUCAGCCCGACGUAUCAAAUCCCGUAUUUAUCGUCAAGCUUUUGCUUGUCAUGUCAAUAGGCGGGUGCUUUUAUCAGGGUCCUGACUCUACACAUUACCGAGUUGAAUCAAAGAAAUGGAUCUUUGCCGCACAAUCCUGGCAAUCUACUCCUUUUGAGAAGGCGAAACUUCACAUGUCAACAAUCCAAAUUCAAUGUCUAUUGAUUAUAGCACGCCAAUAUUGCUCGAUAUCAGGCGAUGUCGUCUGGAUAGCGGCUGGUACGCUCCUACGAACGGCGAUGCAAAUGGGUUUCCAUCGUGACCCGGCAAGUUUGCCAAAGAUAGGAAUACUACAGGGGGAAAUGCGCAGAAGAUUGUGGGCAACGAUAAUCGAGCUGAAUAUUCAGUCUUCAAUUGGUUCGGGGAUGCCUUUCUUGAUUACUGAGCAGGAGUGGGAUACUGCACCACCAGCUAAUAUUGACGAUGUCGAUAUUAGCGAGGCCACAAAUAACCCCGUAACCCCCAAACCAAACAGUACACUUACACAAACGUCGUUGCAGAUUAUGCUUCUUCAAUCCAUUGGGCCCCGACUAGAAUUCAUUCGAUGUUCAAAUAGUAUUGGCAAUAAGCCUUUAUACGAUGAUGUUCUUCGAGUUGGAGCUGAGCUGAUGAAAGCAUUGAGAGAUAACAGAACAUUUAUCUUAAGAGUCAAUCAGUCGCUACAAUCACAAGACAGAGUCACACAGCUUAACAUCAACAUGGUCGAUCUUCCCUUACGCCUCGCCUUGCUACUUCUCCAUCGCCCUUUCGCCGCCAAAGGAAUGAAAGAUCCACGCUUCUACUAUUCUAGGAAAAUAUGCCUUGAAUCAGCCGUGACCAUACUCAAGUACCCCUCAUCAGAACCUCUUCUGGCAAAUCAAUCGGUGGAUAAUAUGUUUCGGGACGAUUACGCACAGCUCAAGAUUGUGGGCGGCGGCUUUAAAAGCAUCAUUACAUAUACAAGCACGAUAAUAUUCCAUGAACUACAUACACAACUUAAGGAAGACGGCCCGGCAAUGGUACAGCAAACAAAGGAUAACAGAGAUUCUCUGAAGCAAUGCUUACUGGAUUUAUUGGACCUCUCUGUGGAUCGUGUUACCUUGGAAGAAAACAACGUCAUGGUACGCCUGCUCAUUGUUAUUACUCUGUCUCUCCUGGAUUCCACAGAGAAGGGCGUUGAUCCAGAACCAGUGGUCCUAGAUGCUGCGAAGAAAAGCUCCCUGCUCUGUUAUAACCUGAUGAGCGCAAGAAUGGCAGAGACAAAUGCUUCACUGCCUGUAGAAGCCGGUUCUCAUAAUGCUCUUGACAUUUUUGAGGACCCUCUUGGUUUUGGGAUGGACUUUACUAUGCAGAAUUUCGGGGAUCAAGAUAUUCAAGGGUCGUGGCUCAAGUUUGCCUGCGACGAUGGCGUACUGUGGCAUUAAAGUUGGGAGUAUAUACGGCGAUUGGUUGGCUGUAGAUGUAUAAUUAUAAUAUGAACCGACAUGUAUACCACAUAGCGGAAGUCUUCGGG